CUCUCUGAGUCAAGAUGGCAGCCAGGGCGGGCCGAUCGGGCUCUCCUUGACAGGCGCGAGCGUGUACGCAUGCUCGGUCGGCCGCCUUGCCGCUUUGGGGCGGAGCUAGGCUGUGAGCUGGACGCUCAGGUCGGGUCAUGGUCGCUGCGCCCCUUCCCCAGCUCUCCUGAACUAGCGGAAGCCGGCUUACUUAGAGACAGCACCUCCGAGUCUAGCCCUUGCUGGCUGAAACUCACUGUGCAGCCCAGUGGCCUCAAAUUGCUGAAGUCUUCCUGCCCCAGUCUCUCCAGUGCUGGGAUUUCAGUGACUCACUACAGGAACUGUACAUUUACAGAAGACAAUGUCUGGAAGCUUCUACUUUGUAAUUGUUGGCCACCAUGAUAAUCCAGUUUUUGAAAUGGAGUUUUUGCCAGCUGGGAAAGCAGAACCCAAAGAUGAACACCGCCACCUGAACCAGUUCAUAGCUCACGCCGCCCUGGACCUGGUUGAUGAAAACAUGUGGCUGUCCAACAACAUGUACUUGAAAACGGUGGACAAGUUCAAUGAGUGGUUUGUAUCAGCUUUUGUCACUGCUGGGCACAUGAGAUUCAUCAUGCUUCAUGACAUGAGGCAAGAAGAUGGAAUCAAGAACUUCUUCACCGACGUCUAUGACCUGUAUAUCAAGUUUGCCAUGAACCCCUUCUAUGAGCCCAAUUCUCCUAUUCGGUCAGGUGCAUUUGAAAGAAAAGUUCAGUUUCUUGGAAAGAAACAUCUUUUAAGCUAAACGAAGAAAACUUCAGAAUCACAGUGGGGUCUGCUCAGAAGUGUAUGCAUAGGAAGUAACUUGAGAAAACAGCCUGGCAAAACUUUACAUGUCUCAACUUAUCUGUACAUUAUAAAAUUUCCUUUAUAUUUAAAAAAAAAAAUCUCCUUUUUUCAUGUUAGUUAUCAAUAUUAGUUAGCAUUUGCUUGUAAAUAGUUAUUAGUAAUUUAAUAUGUUUUAUUUCAAAAAUUAAGAAUAAACCUAUCUUUACUG